UUCCAGCUACAAACAUCAACAGCCACCAACACCUAAGCUUACCUUUCUCAGCCGAAAUCUCAGGCUCGCGUGCCAUUGAAGCCCAGAUCGCCCAGCAUGAGCGCGCCCAAAGACUUCAAGCCCGCACUCAUCGUCGUCGACGUCCAAGAGGACUUCUGCCCACCCAACGGCGCGCUAGCAGUGCCCGACGGGCGAGCCAUCCUCCCCACAAUCAACGCGCUCCUAGGCCUACCCUUCGUGCUAAAAAUCGCCUCCGCAGACGCCCACCCCGCCAACCACGUCUCCUUCGCCGCGAACCACCCCGCGCCCGCCAACGAGCCCUUCGUCUCGACCGCGCUGCUCGCCAACCCCGCCAACCCGGCCGAGACGGCGCGCACGCGGCUGUGGCCGGUGCACUGCGUGGCGGGCACGGCGGGGGCAGCGCUGGUGCCGGACCUGGAUACGCGGGCGCUCGACGCCGUCGUCCGGAAAGGCCAGGAUCCGGACGUCGAGAUGUAUAGCGCUUUUGGGGCGGCGUGGCGGGAGCCGAGGGCUGGAAGGACGGAGUUGGCGCGGUUGUUGAGGGAAAGAAAUGUGUCGCAUGUUUUUGUGACGGGGCUUGCGCUGGAUUAUUGCGUUAGGUGUACGGCGGUGGAUGCGAGUGAGGAGGGGUUUGUGACGCUGGUUGUGAGGGAGGGGACGAGGGCUGUGGAGGGGGACAAGGCCGGGGAGGUGGAGAGGGAGUUGGAGGGAUUGGGGGUUAGGAUGGUGAGUAUGGAGGGCGAGGAGGUGGGAUGGGUAAAGGCGAUGGCGGCGGCGGCGGCAUGAGAUGGAAGGCCAAAAUGGAGGCCGAGGCAGAGAGGCAGCCCUGUGGAGCAGAGGGAGCCAAAUUAGGCAGGCGGGCCGUGCCGGUCAGAGAAAAAGCGUCGUUGGUCCCCGAAGCGGCGUCGCCAGUGUGAAGAUGAUUGCCCACUCCGUAUCGUGCACGUGCAGACGAG